AUGACAAACUUUGCAAGGCUGAACCAGGCAUUGGGACUCCAAAGAUCAUCAGCUUCUAGUAAGCAAAAGGUGCAACCCAUCACAGGAGUAGUAAAGAACGACGAGAACAGUGGUGAUCUUUCCUUAGCAUCGAUCACCUCAGAUCUGCAUGAUAUUUCUAACCCUAAUAAACCUAUCCCCUCAGAUUUAGCUUAUAAUUCAUGGGUGGUCGAGCACCCUUCUGCAUUAGGCUCAUUUGAUCGGAUGAUGAAAGCAGCAAAAUGGAAGAGGAUUGUUGUCUUUCUAGACUACGAUGGGACCCUUUCACCAAUUGUUGAUGAUCCUGACCGUGCCUUCAUGUCUGAUGAGAUGCGUGCAGCGGUACGGGAAGUUGCCAAGUAUUUUCCAACAGCAGUGAUCAGUGGAAGGAGUAGAGAUAAGGUUAAAGAAUUUGUACAGUUAAGUAAUGUAUAUUACGCUGGCAGCCAUGGGAUGGACAUAAUGGUCCCUCCAAGGCCACUAAGGCCCUGUGAUGCCAACAACCACACCACUGCCAUGGAUAUAAAGGGCAGUGACGUUCUCUUUCAACCUGCUAAAAGAUUUCUUCCAGCAAUCCAAGAGAUAAGAACACUGUUGGAGGAAAUAACCAGAAAAGUAGAGGGUGCAAGGGUAGAGGACAAUAGAUUCUGUAUCUCUGUACAUUUUCGCAAGGUCCGGGAAGAGGAUUAUGGGAUUUUAGAAGAGAAGGUGAAGUCUGUUGUUGGAAAGUAUCCGGAAUUUCACCUGACGUUGGGUAAAAAGGUGUUGGAAAUACGACCAUCCAUAGAAUGGAACAAAGGUCAUGCGCUAGAAUAUUUGCUUGAGACUCUAGGCUUCAGCAAUUCCAGCGAUGUCCUCCCAUUGUACAUCGGGGACGAUCGAACUGAUGAAGAUGCUUUCAAGGUGAUACGAAGUAGAGGACAAGGGUUUCCAAUAAUUGUGUCUUCAACCCCAAAGGAGGACACCAAAGCUUGUUAUUCUUUGCAUGACCCUUCGGAAGUAUUAACUUUCUUGUUAAGGCUCGCCCGGUGGAGAAAAGCCUCUUCUUCAAGCAGGUCACUCGCUCAAAUUUGGGGUGUUGGCAGUAACUUACAUAGAUCAGUUUAG